GCCCUCAUAUUUGAACUUGUGAACUGCCGAUUAGAAGCCACUAAUCUUAUAGUUUGGUCGUCGCCAUCUUGUUUCGCUUCGGAACCAGCGCCCAGUGUCUCAGGACUGUUUGGUUUGUUUGAGCUCUCCUUAGUUUAAGGAAAAAAUGGAUCCCAAAGGCGAAGGUGUCAGCUCUGCCGUUAAUCCGUAUGAGGGAACCACUCUGCGUGGGAAACCAGACAGCCUCACCGACCCUCAGAGCCCUCAGCAGCAGCAGCAUGGAGAAGAUUCUUCCAAACCUGGACCCAGCUGUGUGUCCAUGAAGAGUGAUGUUUCAAAGGACAUUAUUAUUAAUUUUCAUAAAACUGAAGAGAUUUCAGAGGCUGACAGCAUUCAGUCUUCCCAGGAGCUUCCAGAAAAUCUGGACUCAGUAUUUUCGGGGAUCGAGGAGAACAUAGUCACUUUUGUGAGGAAUGAACUGAAGAAGCACCAGAAGUUCCUGACUUCAGAGCUGCAAAGCUUUGAGAUGCAGAGGGAGGAAGACGAAGAGGUCUAUGGUUGCAGCAGGGAGGCAUUUCUGACGAUCUUGGUGCAAUUCCUGAAGAUUAUGAAGAAGGAAGGGCUGGCCAACUGUCUGGAGAGCAGAAGCCUCGCUGCAGCUUGCCAGCGUGAACUCAAAUCUAGUCUGAAGAAAAAGUUCCAGUGUUUGUUUGAGGGGCCUGCUAAAACUGAAACUCCUCUGAAUCAGAUCUACACAGAGCUCUACAUCACGGAGGGAGGGGGCGGAAAGGUCAGACAGAUUGAAACAUCAUCUAGGUCAACAAUCAAAACAGAAACCGAGCUCAGGUGUGAAGACAUCUUUAAACGCUCAUCUGGGAGGGAUAAACCAGUCAAAACGGUGAUGACAAAGGGAGUGGCUGGCAUUGGCAAAACAGUUAUAACACAGAAAUUCACUCUGGAUUGGGCUGAGGACAAAGCCAAUCGGGACAUGCAGUUUGUAUUUCCCUUCACUUUCAGAGAGCUGAAUGUGCUGGGAAACAAAAAGUACAGCUUGGUGAAACUUCUUCAUGACCACUUUAAUGAAACCAAAGAAGCAGGAAUCUGCAGGUUUGAACAUUUCAAGGUUGUGUUCAUCUUUGAUGGCCUGGACGAGUGUCGACUUCCCCUCGACUUCGAAAACAACGAGAUGCUCACUGAUCCUACAGAGUUGACCUCAGUGGAUGUGCUGCUGACAAACCUCUUCAGAGGGAAUCUGUUCCCCUCUGCUCACAUUUGGAUAACCACAAGACCUGCAGCAGCCGGUCAGAUCCCAUCUGAGUGGAUUGACAUGGUGACAGAGGUGAAAGGCUUCACCGAAUCACAGAGAGAGGAGUACUUCAGGAAAAGAUUCCCAAAUCAGGAGCAGGCUGGCAGAAUUGUCUCCCACAUCAAAACAUCACAAAGCCUCAGCAUCAUGUGCCACAUCCCAGUCUUCUGCUGGAUCACGGCAGCCGUUCUGGAGGGUGCGUUGAAAACCGGACAGGGAGUGGUGCUGCCCAAGACCCUGACUGAGAUGUACAUCCACCUCCUGGUGGUUCAGUGCAAAAUGAAGAACAUCAAGUAUCAUGGAGGAGCUGAGACGGAUACACCCUGGAAUCCAGACACCAAAAAGAUGAUUCUGUCUCUUGGAAAACUUGCCUUUGAGCAGCUGCAAAAAGGCAAAGUGAUCUUCUACGAAUCAGACCUGACAGAGAGUUGCAUCGAUGUCAGAGCAGCCUCUGUGUUCUCAGGAGUGUUCACUCAGAUGUUUAAAGAGGAGAGUGGAUUGUACCAAGGGAAGGUCUUUUUCUUUGUCCAUUUGAGUGUUCAGGAGUUUCUGGCUGCUCUUUACGUCCAUCUGACAUUCAUCAACUCUGGAGUCAAUCUGCUGUCAGAAGACCAACUGAUCUUCGAGGCGUAUAAAACAGUAAAAGCAGAAUCUUUAGAGGCAUACUUCUACCAGAAUGCAGUGGACAAGGCCUUACAGUGUCCAAAUGGACACCUGGACUUGUUCCUCCGCUUCCUCCUGGGUCUCUUACAAGAAACAAAUCAGACUCUCCUAGAAGGCCUGCAGACGCAGACAAGAAGUAGCUCACAGAUCAAGCAGGGGACAGUCAAAUACAUCAAGAGGCAGAUAGAGGAUAAUCCCUCCACAGAGAGGAACAUCAGUCUGUUCCACUGCCUGAAUGAGCUGAAUGACCACUCUCUAGUGGAGGAGAUCCAAGGGUUCCUCAAUUCAGGAAGAAUCUCCUCUGGGGACCUCUCUCCCGCUCAGUGGUCAGCUCUGGUCUUCAUCUUACUGACAUCAGAAAAACGGCAGGAUGUGUUUGACCUUAGCAAAUACUGUGCUUCUGAAAGGGCUCUUCUGAGGCUGCUGCCAGUGAUCAAAGCUUCCAAGAAAGCUCUGCUGAGUGACUGUAACCUCUCCGAGGAAAGCUGUGAGGCUCUGUCCUCAGUCCUCAGCUCACAGUCCUGUGGUCUGAGAGGGCUGUGCCUGAGCAACAACAACCUGAAGGAUUCGGGAGUGACGCUUCUCCCUGUUGGAUUGAAGAGUCCUUAUUGUACACUGAAAAUUCUCAGUCUGAGUGGCUGUAACCUCACAGAGAGUAGCUGUAAAGCUCUGUCCUCAGUUCUGAGUUCAGAAUCUUCUCGUCUGAGAGACCUGGACCUGAGCAACAAUGACCUGCGGGAUUCAGGAGUGAACCUUCUCUCUGCCGGACUGCAGAGUCUGCAGUGUAAACUGGAAAUUCUUAGGCUGUCAGGUUGUCUGAUCACAGAAGAAGGCUGUGCUUCUUUAGCCUCAGCUCUGAGCUCCAACCCUUCCCAUCUGAGAGAGAUCGACCUGAGCUACAAUCAUCCAGGAGAGAGAGGAGAGAGGCUGCUCUCUGCUGGGCUGAAGGAUCCACACUGGAAACUGAACACUCUCAGGUUUGAGCCUCGCGGAGCUCAGUGGUUGAGACCAGGCCUGAGGAAGUAUUAUUGUGAACUUACACUGGACCCAACCACAGCAAACAGAAACCUCAUUCUGUCUGACAACAACAGAAAGGUGACAUGGGUGUUAAAUGAGCAGGCAUACUCUGAUCACACAGAGAGAUUUGACUACUGCUGUCAGCUGUUGUGUGCGAAUCAGCUGAGCGGCCGCUGUUACUGGGAGGUGGAGUGGGAAGGAGAGACUCUCAUAUCAGUGAGUUACAGCAGUAUCAGGAGGAAAGAAGGUGCUGACAGCAGGUUUGGAGGGAAUGAACAGUCCUGGAGUCUGUGUUGCUCUGCUGGUGGUUACUCUGUCUGGCACAAUAACAAAGAAAUUGUCCUGCCCUUCUCUUUCUCCUCUUACUCUAACAGAGUAUCAGUGUAUAUGGACUACACUGCUGGCACUCUGUCCUUCUACAGAGUCUCCCCUAACACACUGAGCCACCUCUACACCUUCCGCUGCACAUUCACUGAACCUCUCUACCCUGGGUUUGGCUUCUUGUUUGGUUUUAGAGUCUGCCCAGGUUUCUCAGUGUCUCUGUGUUCAGUGUAGAGUCUCCUCUGAUGUGGAGGAACAUUCACACUUCUAUAAACAGAUCAGUUUACAGAAGUGGAAAGGCCACCAUCCUACCCCAAGGCUAACUCAAAACUCAAAGCCACAGUAAGAGUAAGUGACACCUGCUGAUGAGUUGCAUCAGGUAAAUACUAAAAAAAAAACAAGAAAAACAUGGCUCACAAUUUGUUGGGCAAG